AUGGCUAAAGAACUGAUAAUCGACAAUUCUCUUUUAAACAAAUACAAUGCGAUGAUUUCAGUACUCAUUAUGGAUGACGAUUCAUCGACAACUUGUGCUUUACGUAGAGAAGCAGAAGAAUUCAUAGAAAAGUGGUUCGAUAUGAAUCACGCGAAGAAAAAUUUAACUAAAAAGUUGAUUCCAUUGAAGAUGUCGCAAAAAGUACAAGACUACUUUUCCAACUGUUUCUCUAUAGCAAUCCAGCAAAACCGAGGUAAUGCCGAUGGUGUACGAGCAGCUUUAUUAAGCAUUGUUCCCCACGCGUUUGGAGAACACAAUCAGUGUGGUAAAUGGUGCAAAUAUUCUGAACUUGGAGAGAAAUACGUACAUGUAAAUUUACCUCACGGAAAACCAUUGGCAGAUAUUAAUUUACGUGUUAAGCUAUCUGAAAUUUUUAGUAAAUUUUCUAAUGAUGCUCACAAGUUAGCUCCUUGCGGUUCAACACAAGGCAACGAAUCUUUCAACAAUGUCGUUGCCAGUAAACAUCCUAAAAAUAGACAUUAUGCUGGAUCUGAAUCUUUUUUUGUUCGAGUAGCGGCUGCAGUAUGUCAAUGGAAUCUUGGUACGGUUUACGUUGUACAUGUAAAUUUGAAAUUGGGUCUACCUCCAGGUCAUUUUACCAUGCAAUAUCGACAAGCUAAAGAUCAGAAACGGAAGCGAAAAGCAGUUGAAGCAUCAACUAUCCAGAAAAAACGAAAAAGAGUCGAGCUGAAGAGAAUAAGAUCUAGUAAGGAUGCUGGAGCAGAGCGGAAAGAAGGCAUUACGUAUGAGUCUGAUUGUUCCGCUGAAACUUUACCCGAAUUGCUUGACAAUGAAAUGAAAACAAAUAAAGUAGAUUAUACUACAGCAGUGUUUGUUUAUUUUGAUUUGGAAACAACCGGACUAAGUAAAAAUGCAGAAAUUACACAAAUAGCUGCUUGCUGCGCAAAUGAAAACUUCAAUGCUUACAUUCUUCCCUCCAGAGGCAUAUCAAAACGUAUCACUGAUGUGACAAAUCUUCAUAUUGUCGGCGGUGAAAUGUUUUUCGGUGAUACAUUAUUAAAAACCGUUUCACUUCGAGUCGCAAUGGAAGAUUUUUUAUCUUUUUUAGACACACAAGGUGAUCAAGUUAUCCUUAUGGCUCAUAAUGGUUACAAAUUUGACUUCCCACUGAUGCUGCGCAAUCUAUCAAGAUUAAAUUUGCUCGAUGAGUUUAAGACUAUUGUUACUGGGUUUAGUGAUACUCUGAAUAUUUUUAGAAAUAUUCUACCAGAACGCAGAAAAGCAAAAAAAUCCUUUUCUCAGACAACACUUGCAGUAGAAUAUCUAGGUCAAGAGAGUGCAGAAGGAGCUCAUAAUGCUCUUGCAGACGUUGACAUUUUACAGAAACUCAUCAGCGCCAUAAAAAUCGAUCAUCUAACUAUUUAUAAUCACACUCAAAACAUAACAGACUUUAUACGCAACGAAGCGUUAAAAAACGUUCAUACAUCAAACAAAAUAUCUUUGGAAUUUUUAAAAAAUUGUGUUUCCACCAAUAUGUUAUCGCGAAUAGCAAAAGCGGGUAUCAACCGUAGUCUAAUAAUUGACGUUUACAAAACUAAAGGCCCAAAAGGAAUAGAGAUGCUGCUUAGUGAGGACCUAAGAGGCAAUCAGCACUUCAUACAAUUAACAAUGAUGGUUCACGAUUAA